AUGCAACACUCUUCUAAGUUUGAGAGUUCUGAUUUGCAAGAUAUCUCUCCACCUAGACGAAGUCGUCAUGAUUCUCCCUCUCAAGAUGUUUUGCGUGGAUCUGUGGCACUCGACCUUUCACCUCCGAGGAAAAUCAAGAAGAAUGUUGCAAGACCUGGUUUUUCUGAUUCUCAGCGCCAUUCACCUCAAGAUCUAUCUCCUCCUCGACGCAGUCGUCAUGAUUCUCCUUCUCAAGAUGCUUUACAUGGAUCUGAAGUGUCAGACCUUUCACCCCCAAGGAAAAUUCAGAAGAAUGUUGGAAGACAGGGUUCAUCUAGUAUUUCAGUUAAAGUUGGUUCACAUUCAUCUUUGGAUCUUGAACUAGCUCCACCAAGGAGAAAUACUCAGGAAUCAUCAAAUCCAGCUAGUAAAACAGGUCUAAUUUCUGGUAAGGAUAUCAGUGACGAGAUCGAGAAAAAGAAGAGGGAUGAUAUGUUGAGAUUUAACCAGAUGGACCCUUCCAUAAGUGGACGGGGUGCUGAACCUGUAUAUCGUGAUAAAAUAAGAGGAGUACGCAUUUCAAAGGAGGAAUACUUGAAAUCAAAACAGAAAGUAGAAGAAAAACCCAAGGAGAUAGAAAUAGAAUGGGGCAAAGGCUUAGCUCAAAAGCGUGAAGCUGAGGCUAGGCUGAAGGAACUAGAACUUGAAAAGGAGAAGCCUUUUGCACGAACCAGGGAUUUUAAUACUUCUCUACUCGUUUCAAAUUUUCUUAAACCUGGUAAUCUUGUUAAAGAAUUUUGUGAGCCAACUCGUGUCUCUCUCUCCUAG